CAGAGCAGAGAUCCCUCCCAUGCUACUCACUUUCACAGAAACUGCUCCCGGACUCAGAUGCUUGUGCUGAAGAUCGCUCCUGCCUCAGUCACCUCCAGAGUCCAUCUGUUCUGGAGAGAGCUGGCAUUUUUGGGCUGUCCCCUACGGCCUUUUUUUACGGUCCUCCUGCCCCCAGGCAGUCGAAUGAUGUGAACUUGGAACAGGGUUUGCUAUCCUAUGGGGACUCGCUUUCUCUCCCAGGCUGGUGCUGUCUGAUAGGACCAUCCGAAGACAGUGGUUUGUUCUUGGGGAGGAGGGCACUGGCCCUGCCUGGAUCCUCCACCAUGUUCCUGUUGCUCCCCUUUGACAGCCUGAUUGUCAACCUUCUGGGCAUCUCCCUGACCGUCCUCUUCACCCUCCUCCUCGUUUUCAUCAUAGUCCCUGCCAUUUUUGGAGUCUCCUUUGGUAUCCGAAAGCUCUACAUGAAAACCUUGUUAAAAAUCUUUGCGUGGGCCACCUUGAGAAUGGAGAGAGGCGCCAAGGAAAAGAACCACCAACUUUACAAGCCCUAUACGAAUGGAAUCAUUGCAAAAGAUCCCACUUCGCUGGAAGAAGAGAUCAAAGAAAUCCGCCGAAGUGGUAGUAGUAAGGCUCUGGAUAAUACUCCAGAGUUUGAGCUCUCUGACAUCUUCUACUUUUGCCGGAAAGGAAUGGAGACCAUUAUGGACGAUGAGGUGACAAAGAGAUUCUCAGCAGAGGAAUUGGAGUCCUGGAACCUGCUGAGCAGAACCAACUAUAACUUCCAGUACAUCAGCCUUCGGCUCACGGUCUUAUGGGGAUUAGGAGUGCUGAUUCGAUAUUGCUUCCUUCUGCCACUCAGGAUAGCUCUUGCUUUCACUGGGAUUAGCCUUCUGGUGGUAGGCACAACCGUGGUGGGAUACCUGCCAAACGGGAGGUUUAAGGAGUUCCUGAGUAAACAUGUUCACUUAAUGUGUUACCGGAUCUGCGUGCGAGCCCUGACAGCCAUCAUUACCUACCAUGACAGGGAAAACAGGCCUCGAAACGGUGGCAUCUGUGUGGCCAAUCACACCUCUCCCAUUGAUGUCAUCAUUUUGGCCAGUGAUGGCUACUAUGCCAUGGUGGGUCAAGUGCACGGGGGACUCAUGGGUGUGAUUCAGAGAGCCAUGGUGAAGGCCUGCCCGCACGUCUGGUUCGAGCGUUCUGAAGUGAAAGAUCGCCACCUGGUGGCUAAAAGACUGACUGAGCAUGUGCAGGAUAAAAGCAAGCUACCCAUCCUCAUCUUCCCAGAGGGAACCUGCAUCAAUAAUACAUCAGUGAUGAUGUUCAAAAAAGGAAGUUUUGAGAUUGGAGCCACAGUUUACCCUGUUGCUAUCAAGUAUGACCCUCAGUUUGGUGAUGCCUUCUGGAACAGCAGCAAAUAUGGGAUGGUAACGUACCUGCUGAGAAUGAUGACCAGCUGGGCCAUUGUCUGCAGUGUCUGGUACCUGCCUCCCAUGACCAGAGAGACUGAUGAAGAUGCCGUCCAGUUUGCAAAUAGGGUGAAAUCGGCCAUUGCCAGGCAGGGAGGGCUCGUGGACCUGCUUUGGGAUGGUGGUCUGAAGAGGGAGAAGGUGAAGGACACGUUCAAAGAGGAGCAGCAGAAGCUGUACAGCAAGAUGAUCGUUGGGAACCAUGAGGACAGGAGCCGGUCCUGAGCCCGCGCCUCGCGCUGGCUGGAGCCACCACUCGCGGGCCUGACCCGCGAGCCAGCUGGAGCUGCCACCGCCCCCUGCCACCCCCACUGCUGCGUCCUUGCCACCUGCAGGGCUCCUCAGGCCGCCCUGGAGCCCAGGACUCCAGCUUCUUCAGGACCGCCCCGGGGACCCCUGGGCUUGCCAUCGGAAGCGGACGCCGCUGGGGGCCGCUGCCCAGGAUGGGACACCCUUCUUGUCUUCUUUACAAUGAGUCCAUUGCAGGAAUGCCAUUAAAGUCCCCUCUCCACCUGCACACGUGUGGGACUGAGUGGUUGGGAAGAAUCGGCCGUGGGCCCGUGUUCGGUCUGUUGCGGGUGCCACGUGCCAGGGGCUCUGCUGGGGAAGGGGUCCACCCGUGCGCAAGGAGACAGCGCCGAGGCGGUGCGGCCUGCUUUGGCCUGAACAUCACCCCCUGCCCCGGAGCUCUGCAGACUGGAUGGAAAGAAAACUGUUGUCUGCAGGGGCUCUCAGCAAAGCGAGGUUUCAUUCCUGUGCUGUUGCCACGGGCAGUCACCAGAGGGGACGAUGAGAAGCAAGGUGAUCGGUGACUAGCAUGUGGUGGGAACCAAGAGUCAUUUUGUGUUCCAGCUCCAGUGCUGACCCUGAACUCCCAUGUGACUUGCUCUCUGUUAACUCGUGCCUCAGUUUCCCCAUCUGUAACCUGGCUCAGGAGGGGAAGGGUGGUGAUACCUACCUCACAGGGUUGUUGUGGGGAUUGAAGUGCUACUUUGAAGGACAAGUUGCUCAGUGUUACAAGUGUAGGUCCAUGAAACGUGGCAGGACAAGGUCGGAGCUCAGAGCUGCUGCAGAGGGCUUUGGGUUUGUUUCUGUGAGUCAAUAAAAUUGUCUCUGAUGGUCAAUGAUC